AUGAGCUGCAGGAAACUCCCCGACUUCGUGAAACACAUGAAGCGCGAUCCCUCUGGCAAGGGUUUCACCCACCUCGGCAAGGAUGGUGUAUUGCGUACCAUCUCAGGCGACUACGAGGUUGUUGAUGCGCGCGGCCUUGACCCGGAACAGAUCAAGAAGAUUCUGGACGUUAUGCCCUUCGAGCAGGCCCGAAAAGAGGAUUUCUAUGGCGUGGAUGGCACAAAGGUUACAAGUCAAGAAGCACUAUUCAAUCCAGCGCCAGGAAUCCUGCCGACAAACCCAACCAAUGAGGAGGCUGCGGAGUGA